GGAGACCAGAUAUAGUGAAUGCAGGGUCCGGGGAGACCGGAUAUAGUGAAUGCAGGGUCCGGGGAGACCAGAUAUAGUAAACGCAGGGUCCGGGGGGACCAGAUAUAGUGAAUGCAGGGUCCUGGGAGACCAGAUAUAGUGAAUGCAGGGUCGGGGGAGACCAGAUAUAGUGAAUGCAGGGGUCCGGGGAGACCAGAUAUAGUGAAUGCAGGGUCUGGGGAGACCAGAUAUAGUGAAUGCAGGGUCCGGGGGGACCAGUUAUAGUGAAUGCAGGGUCCGGGGGGGACCAGAUAUAGUGAAUGCAGGGUCCGGGGAGACCAGAUAUAGUGAAUGCAGGGUCCGGGGGG